GUUAAGGAGGUUGCAAAAGCAUACCUGGAGAAAAAUACUACACAAGUUCUUGAAGCAGAAAAGCAUCUCAAUUCAGACAAAACACCAUCUCCAACUCCUGAAGCAUCAGUUCCUCCAGCAAUUGGUGGAAAUAUACCUUCAGUAUCACCAUGGCAGAAAUUUUAUGGAUUGUUUAAAGGAGCGAAUAAGGUAAUGGAUGCUGCUGAGAAUCUCCAAAAGUUCAAGAAUGAAGUCGCAACUGGUGCAAAGGAAAUAGAAGAGAAUGAUAAACAAGCUGCUGAAUUAGCUAAACAACAAGCUGAAGCAACUAAACAAGCAGCAGCUCCUAAACAAUCUAUAUCUAAGUCUCAAAGACAAGGUCCUGACCCAAGUGCUAAAGUCAAACAGAAUCCAACACCACCUGCAGCAGAGAAGUCCAAGAAGGACAAGGACAAGAAGAAGGAUAAAUCAAAGAAGGACAAGGACAAGAAGAAAGAUAAGGAUAAGAAAAAAUCGUCAAAAGAUAAAAAACAUAAAAAUUUAUCCAGUAAGAAAUGA